AAAACCAAUGAUCGUCCAAUUAUAGGAAUUAUUGCACAACCAACAGGACGUACAUUGAGUAGAUAUGGUAACACCUAUAUUGCUGCAUCCUAUGUUAAAUAUGUUGAAUCUGGUGGUGCUCGUGUUGUUCCAAUUCCAUAUAAUUUACCUGAAAGUCAAUUACGUACAUUAUUUGAAUCUUUGAAUGGUGUUGUUUUUCCAGGAGGUGGUACCGAUUUAACCAAUAAUGAUGGUUCUUGGACUCCAUAUUUAAAAACUUUAGGAUUAUUUGUCAAGUGGUCAAUGGAAUCCUAUGAUAAAAAUCAAGAUUCCUUCCCAAUUUGGGGAACUUGUUUGGGAAUGCAAUCCUUGACAAUUAUCUUGUCUGGUGAUUCUAACAUUCUUGCUGGUGGAUUUGAUAGUUAUAACAUUUCAAUGCCAUUGAAUUUUACAAAUUCAAUUCCAGACACUAAAAAGAUGAGUAGAAUUUUCAAUAAUUGUCCAAUUUCAUACAUGAAUACUUUGGCAACUCAACCUGUCACUCUUAAUAAUCAUCAUUAUGGUGUUCCUAUUCCAUCUUGGAUGACCAAUCAAAAGCUCACUUCUGAAAAUUUACUUUUAGCAAUUAAUAAGGAUAGAAAUGGAAAGGGAUUUAUUUCACUUUAUGAAAACAAGAGAUAUCCAAUCUAUGCCAGUCAAUUCCAUCCAGAAAAAAUUGCCUUUGAAUGGUGUCAUGAAGAUAUCGAUCAUUCAUUUGAUAGUUUACAAGCUAACAUGUACUUUUCUCAAUUCUUUGUCAAUGAAGCUAGAAAGAGUCAACACAAAUUCCAAAAUGAACAAAGUGAACUUGCCUCAUUGAUUUACAAUUACAAUCCAGUUUACACUUAUCCAGUUGAACCAGAUUUUGCUCAAUGUUAUUUCUUUUAA